GCGCAUGUGGAGAAAAUUAAUCGUCUUCUUCAAUUGGAAUCGUAUGAUUGAUUCUAUUUCUCUCUCACUCACAGAACAGAACUACUUGUAAUGGCGUCGUUGCUCCUUUCUCAGUCCUCUCUCUUAUCUCUUGAACCACCAUUAUCGUCUUCUUCUUCGCAUAUGGAAAAAGGAGUUGUCGCUUAUCCUAUCUUGAUUCGAAAUUCAGUUUCCCCGUCUCUCUCUUCUUCCUCCUCCGUUGGUAAAUCCAAUUCGAUUCCUCAGGUGGUCGUAACCCGAGAACGAGGCAAGAAUAAUCAAAUCAUCAAAGCUUUGGAGAAACAUGGGAUAUCAUCUUUAGAGCUUCCCUUGAUUCAACAUGCGCCAGGACCUGAUUUCGAUCGGCUUGCCUCUGUAUUAACUGAUAAGAGCUUUGACUGGAUCAUCAUUACAUCCCCAGAAGCAGGUUCUGUUUUUCUCGAGGCGUGGAAGGCAGCUAGCUCCCCAAAAGUGCAAAUCGGUGUGGUAGGAGCUGGAACAGCCAGGGUAUUUGAAGAGGCAAUGCAAUCGGCAGAAGGAUUGCUUCAUGUUGCCUUUACACCAUCAAUAGAGGAUGGGUUGUCCAAACGUGGAUUUGAAGUUUUCAGGCUGAAUACAUACACAACAGUAAGCCUUACACUUACUAGACCAGUCCUAGAAAAUGUUCCUGUGCAGAGUGUUGAUACGGUGCUCCUGCAACAGGCACUGUCUGCUCCUGUUCUUUCUGUAGCUUCACCUUCUACAGUUGGGGCCUGGCUGAAUCUGAUUCAAAACGAGGAGCAAUGGAGCAAUUGCGUUGCCUGCAUUGGAGAGACAACUGCAUCAGCUGCAAGACGACGAGGAUUGAAAAACGUGUAUUACCCAGAGAAACCAGGACUUGAAGGGUGGGUCGAGAGCAUCAUGGAAGCUCUAGUUGCUCACGAAGAAUUACACAGAUUCAACUCUAGCAGGAGCAAUUGAAUCGCACUGUUUCCACCCUCUCAUAGUGUAGGACUUUGAAUUAUGAGAAUGUUUGUAAUUUAGGUAAAAGAAACCAAAUGAUGGUGUUGAUAGAAUCCUCGAGGCCUUUUAGAUAUUUUAGGUAGCUUUUGUAGGACAAACAGACAAAGUAUGUAAUUACUGUUUGAAUACUAACAUCAAAAGCCAUCUAAAAACAUGCAAUUAAUUUCAA